AUGAGGAAGUACCUCAACGACGGACAUGCAGAGGUAGUUACCGAAGCGGAGCAAGCACCAACAGAGCAUAUUUACUAUAUGCCACACCAGGCGGUUGUCCGGGAGGAUUCAACGACAACGAAGCUCAGAGUUGUCUUUGAUGCUUCUUCGCAUGCCCCGGGGACCGCAUCUCUGAACGCGCAUCUCGAAAAGGGACCGAAGCUAAACACGGAACUACUGCCGCUGCUGCUGCGCUUUCGGACGGUAAAGGUCGCUCUGGUGGCGGACAUUGCCAAAGCGUUCCUCCAGAUUGUAGUCAGGGAAGAGGAUCGUGACGCACUUCGUUUCCUGUGGUGUAACGAAACGUCGAAGGAAGAUGGUCAGUUGCCCAACGUGGAAGUCUGGAGAAUGACCAGAGUACCGUUCGGUACAACCUCCAGUCCUUUCCUUUUGUCGGCGACAAUACGGUACCAUCUAAAGAAUGUGGAAGAGCACCUACAGGAAACGGCAGCGCAUCUUGCAAAUUCCUUUUAUGUGGAUGAUCUAUUGACUGGUGCUUCAAGCGAGGAUGAAGCUGAAGAACUGUACAAGGACGCGAAUACCGUCAUGAGGGCGGCUGGGAUGGAGUUAAGAAAGUGGGCAUCGAAUUCCCCGGCUCUCAAUAGCCUCUUCGCAGAUCACGAGCCACGCUUAGAAGAGCACUACGCUGCGACCAUAGAAACAGGACUUUUGGAAUUACGGUGGAAUCGACACACUGACAGCAUCAAGCUCACGGAAUGCAGCCCACCCAACACCACGUCGGCGGGCAACACGAAACGCUCGGUGCUGCAGCUCUCAGCCUCGAUUUUCGACCCACUUGGUGUUGCCAGUCCAUUCACGAUACGGGCUCGCAUGCUCUUCCAGCGCAUCUGGCAGCAUGGUCUUAAUUGGGACGACGAAAUACCUGAAGAAAUAGCUUUGGAGUGGAAGCGCUGGUGCGAGGAACUGCCGGACAUGGCAAGAAUCGAAAUACCUCGGUAUGUGAGCCAAGGGGUUGAAGACAUUGCGAACGCAAUCCAGGUGCACAUCUUCACGGACGCCAGUCAGUCGGCUUACGGAGCCACCGUAUACCUGCGCACAGAGGACGUCAAUGGAAAGGUCGUGGUCACGCUGAUGGUUGCUAAAGCACGAGUUGCGCCGCUAAAAACACUGACCCUACCCCGCCUAGAACUUAUGGGAGCUCUAAUAGGAUGUAGGCUGGCCAAAAGCCUUUUGGGUUCGCUCUCUCACCUUCCCCUCCAGCUAAUCUUCUGGACAGACUCGAACAUCGUACUCUGUUGGAUUAAAGGAUCGGCACUGCGGUGGAAGCAGUUUGUACGCAACAGGGUGACAGAAAUUCAAACUGCAACCGAUCCAGCUGCUUGGAGGCACUGCUUGGAGGCCAGGGGAGCAAAAUCCAGCGGACCUGCUCACAAGAGGUGA